CAAUUAAACCUAUUUAAUUGGCGACAAUUAACUCGAUCCCAAGACACCCAUCAAAAGACAAAGAAGCCAACAAGAGAGCCAACAUGUCGUCGUCCAUACGCACAACCGUCCACGAAUCGCUGCCAUACGUCGACGCAGAACCCACCGCCGCCGAGCGCGCCGCAGCCGAAUCCCUCAUCGCAGCCGAAGCCUCUUCAUCAUCACCCCCUCCGGAAUCUUCCUCCACACCAGCAACCCUCCCUCCAGUCUACACCCCAACCUUCACCCCCCUAAUAACCAGCGAACUGAACCGCAUCUCCGCCAAAGAGCCGCUAACAGGCAUCGACCUAACCCGGUACGAAGCCUCCUCGCCCCCCUCCUCCCCAAACCCCAACUCCCCCUCCAACACCACCCUAUCAUCCCUCCAAACCAGCCUCUCCCGCGCCUACACAUCCUCGACCUACCUCUCCAGCCGGCAAACGCACCUGCACCUCCUCGACACCUACGGCAAGAACCAAUGGCUAGUCGGGAACUGGCAACUGGAAGCCGAAGUGCAAGCGCUAGAGCGGGAGCUAGCGGAGACGAAGCGGGAGAUCGACGUGGUGAAUAUCCAGCGCCGGCGGGUGCAGGACGAGGUGGGCGGGGAGCUGAAGGGGCUGGACGAGACGUGGAAGAGGGGGGUGAGUCGGGUGUUGGAGACGGAGGUCGUUUAUGUGAGGUUACGCUGUGUAAUUGGGGGAGUAGGCGGUUAUGGGAUGGUGCUGGGUGGUUGAACCGUACGAUGAUACUUUAAGGGCAUUAAAAGCAAGAGAAGGCAAAAGAAAGCAACAUACGAAGGCAUUGCAAAUGGGUACAAGAGAGUCAAGUAUCUAUUACAAGGCGAUUCCGGCAUUAAUAACAAUGCUUCUAAUACGGUAUCAAUGAAUA